UGCUUGUAUCAAAAGGAAAAAGUUUUGCCGACGCUGGUGACUUUCUCUUUGGAGUAAAAUUAUUGUGACUUAUUGUAACUUUUAGCUACUUGUAACAGAGGUCAUCUGAACUCUAGGGAAUUACAGUGCAGAAAUCAGUUUGACGUCUCCUUUACGAGUAACUCAUGGACAAUCAAACAGCUGAUUCCUUCUCUGGUAGAGCACAUGUGCGGCAGUUUGAUGUGAUAUUACGACUUUUUCUUACGAAGUAAUGAAGUUUUAAUAAAGAAGCACGUACUCGCACAACGGGAAGAAAUUAUACCGCACAAUUUUACUUGAACGUGCAAUGAACAAGAAAGAAUAACAAGUUUUGUCUAAAGAAAUUCUUGUCUAAGAAAAAUGGCUGACCGUGAUAGCGCAUCUGAAAGCGACUCGAGCUCGAUCGACGGAGGACCAAUAAUGAUGCCACCGUCUCCUGUAAACAGGGAACAACUUCAGAAAAGAAUCGAAUCGUUGCAACAACACAAUCGAGUCCUUAAAGUUGAGCUAGAAACGUACAAAUUGAGAGUAAAGGCUUUGCAAGAAGAUAAUCGUAGUCUUCGUCAAGCCUCUGUCAUUAUACAAGCUAAAGCCGAGCAAGAAGAAGAAUUUAUAAGUAAUACACUACUGAAGAAAAUCCAAGCACUUAAGAAAGAGAAAGAAACAUUAGCGCAUCACUAUGAGCAAGAAGAGGAAUGUUUAACAAACGAUCUGUCGAGAAAAUUGAAUCAAUUACGUCAAGAGAAAUGUCGCCUGGAGCAAACUUUAGAACAAGAACAAGAAUGUCUCGUUAACAAAUUAAUGAGGAAGAUCGAGAAACUCGAGGCUGAGACUCUUGCAAAGCAAAGUAAUUUAGAACAACUCCGUAGAGAAAAAGUUGAACUUGAAAAUACGCUCGAGCAAGAACAAGAAGCAUUAGUAAAUAAAUUAUGGAAACGAAUGGACAAGUUAGAGGCAGAGAAAAGAAUGCUUCAGAUAAAAUUGGAUCAACCCGUGUCAGAUCCGACCUCGCCAAGAGAAAUUAAUAAUGGUGAUACUGCUACUAGUCUCAGUACGCAUAUUCAAACUUUAAGAAGCGAAGUAGCCAGACUAAGACAUACGUUACUCAUCUCUCAACAAGAGCACACGGAGAAGAUGCAACGAUACGUGAACGAAGAGAAACAAAUCCGCGAAGAAAAUUUGAGACUACAAAGAAAAUUACAAUUGGAAGUAGAACGUCGUGAAGCUUUAUGCAGACAUCUUUCGGAAUCAGAAUCGAGUUUGGAAAUGGAAGAAGAACGGCACUAUAAUGAAAUUGUGAUGUCGGGUGGAAAUAUAAGAAAUCGUACUGUUUCCAGCCCCGUGCCGUACAAUCCUUCGCCUAGUUCCUCUAGACCACUAAGUCCAGGUUCAUCGACCAGAGAGGGAUUUAAUACAAAUCGAUGUUAUGCUUGUGGCCAGCCUACUGCAAUUCCAUUUGCAAGUUCAUCACCUCCUUCCACGCAGGGUCAUGUGGUAACACCAUCCAAUAGACGCACAUCAGACAGAUUUGUCAAACCUGCAAUCCCACCGACUAUCGUAAGUCCAGGUGGUCCACCAAUCGCUAACACGGCUACAAAUGCAACUGGCGGAUCACCAAUGGAUAUUGCUAAAACAUAAGUCAGUUGAAUUUCUUUAAUAACAAAUAUUUCGUCAUGUAUUCAUAUAUAAAGUACUUCUUUGGUUGAUGCAUUUGUACUAUGUGAUUGUAUAACAUACAUGAGAAUUAUUUUUAAGGAAAAUCUUGAUUUUUCUAACAUUUGAAUUGCUUCGCAUUCGUAGUACAGUGCAUAAACAUUAAUAAUAAAAAAAAAAAAAUAUUCCUAAAAAUGACUAUACUAUAAAUACGAUUUUACUUUGUAUCAAGUUGCUUAGAUGUUUUUGAUAGUAACAUUAUGCAAAAAACUAUUAACAAUAAAAAUGAAAUAACCAUUUAUAAAAUUCUGAUCUGCUUAAAAAUAGCCUAAUGAUAUAAAAAUUGCUGGAAGUAAGAGAUGUUAAUACGCUCGUUCUUCUAAUUUCUUUUUACGUUUCAUUAUCGCGUGUUAUAAACUAGUGCAUUCUCUUUUUGACGUUCGCUAUAGUGUGAAAAAAAUAUAUUUUCUAAUUUAAGUAUUUUUUAAAAGUAUUUCUAUAGUUACUAUGUAACUUACUUGAAUUUCAAUAUUCUUUUCAUUUUAAUAUUAAUCUUUGCAACGUUACUGCAUGGCAUAAUAUAAACAAUAAUAGUACAGUUUUCUAUGAGUUGGCUUAUUGUAGUUUUAUAAGUAAUAUUUUUAACGAAACUAGAAGAGCGGGAAAAUAUUUA